AUGCCCAACCUUUCGAUCCGCAACCUCACCGUCCACCCGCUGGAGCUCGUCUCCGCGGAGCGAUUCGCCGCCGAGCGCGUCAAGACGGUGGGCAUGCUGUCGAGCAUCGGCAGCGCCGUCAGCAACUUCCUCAACGCCACCGACAAGGCCUCGUCCGAGCUGCGCGUCAGGGCCGACCUGCCCAGUACCGACCGCCGUGAGGUGUCCUUUCGCGCCGACGCCUUCCAUACCGUCGAGACAGACGUGGCGGCCGCCGACCCGGGCUCCGACGUCAAGGAGGUCGUGCGGCUGACGUUUCGGACCGAGGACCACCGCUACGAGACGGACGUACCCAGCCCCUCGUCGCGGUCCGCCGUCAUGAGCAAGCUCGACGACGGCCCGCACGACCUCACCGUCGUCUACGUGCCCAGCGAGGGCCUCGUCGCCGUCUACUCGUCGGCCAAGCUGGACGGCUGGAUGAGCGAGCUCCGCGACGAGUGGCCGCUGCCGUCGCUGUCCGUGCCCGGCACGCACAACUCGCCGACGUGCUACACGGCGCUGCCGUCGGUGCGCUGCCAGGCUGUCGGCGUGCCGGAGCAGCUGCAGAACGGCGUGCGCUUCAUGGACAUUCGCGUCUCGGCCAACAAGGACGACGACCGGCUGGCGCUCGUGCACAGCGUCUUCCCCAUCUCGCUGACGGGCACCAAGUGGUUCGGCGACAUGCUCGAGGACGUGUACCGCUUCCUCGACGAGCACGGCAGCGAGACCGUCAUCAUCAGCCUCAAGCGCGAGGGCACGGGCAAGGGCUCGGACGGUGAUCUCGGCCGCUACCUGAAGAACACGUACGUCGCGGCCCGCGCGGACAAGUGGUACACGGAGCCGCGCGUGCCGACGCUCGGCGAGGUGCGCGGCAAGAUUGUGCUCAUGCGCCGCUUCGGCAUCGACGACGACCUCAGGGGCGAGUGGGACGGCCGCGGCUGGGGCCUCGACGCGUCGGCGUGGCCCGACAAUUGCGAGGACGGCGAGGCCGGCAGCUGCGCGAUCCGCGUGCAGGACUUUUACGAGGUCUCCGAGAGCAACAACAUUGACAAAAAGGUCAGCUACAGCCACGGCCACCUCGAGCGCGCCGGCGAGCACCGCUUCCUGCUGCCGGGCAUGGAGGGCUACGAGGAGGGCGCCGGCCACCCCCCCUUCUACGUCAACUUUCUGAGCGCCAGUAACUUCUUCAACGCUACGUGCUGGCCGGAGCGCAUCGCCGCUAAGGUCAACCCGCGCGUCGUCGACUACCUCUGCACCAGCCACGGCGUCGAGGGCAAGGGCCCCAAGGGCCUGGGCAUCGGCUCGGCGGGCGCCGGCAUCGUCGUGACGGACUGGGUCGGCGCGCAUGGCGACUGGGACCUCAUCCGCUGCAUUGUCGGCAUGAAUGCCCGCCUGCAGAUGCAGAACUAG